AUGGGGGAUGUAAUGGUAGAAAACCCUGCGAACCAGGUGUUGCCGCAUCGAAAGCAGUUGCCAUCCUCAAUACCAAACAUCGAUUCGCUGGAGGGUCUAGGAACCGAUGGAACCGAUGAAUAUUCAACGCUCAAGAAACUUGAGCGCCAUAUGGAAUAUAUCAAGCUUCAAGAAGAGUACAUCAAGGAUGAGCAACGGAGUCUGAAGAGAGAGUUAGUGAGAGCACAGGAAGAGAUCAAGCGCAUUCAAAGUGUGCCGCUGGUCAUCGGGCAGUUUAUGGAGGCGAUCGAUCAAAACACCGGCAUCGUACAGUCAUCAACUGGUUCCAACUAUGUCGUCCGCAUACUCUCUACCCUUGACCGCGAGCUACUCAAGCCAUCCUCUUCCGUUGCCCUCCACCGCCACUCGAACUCCCUGGUCGAUAUUCUUCCUCCUGAGGCUGAUUCAUCCAUUGCCAUGUUGGGUGCAGAUGAGAAGCCAGAUGUGACAUACGCAGAUGUCGGCGGGUUAGAUAUGCAGAAGCAGGAGAUCCGAGAAGCCGUCGAACUUCCCUUGACACACUUCGAUCUCUACAAGCAAAUUGGUAUCGACCCACCCCGAGGUGUUCUUCUGUACGGUCCUCCAGGAACAGGAAAGACCAUGUUAGUCAAGGCUGUAGCGAACUCAACAACCGCCAGUUUCAUCCGAGUCGUCGGUUCCGAGUUCGUACAGAAGUAUCUUGGAGAGGGACCCCGUAUGGUCCGUGAUGUCUUUCGAAUGGCUCGCGAGAAUUCCCCGUCCAUCAUCUUCAUCGAUGAAAUCGACGCUAUUGCUACCAAGAGAUUCGACGCCCAGACUGGUGCUGACAGAGAAGUACAACGUAUCCUCCUGGAACUGCUCAAUCAAAUGGAUGGUUUCGAUCAGACUUCAAAUGUCAAGGUUAUCAUGGCGACAAACAGAGCUGAUACUCUCGAUCCUGCCCUUCUCCGUCCCGGUCGUCUUGACAGGAAGAUCGAGUUUCCCAAUCUCCGAGAUCGAAGAGAGAGACGGUUGAUUUUCACCACUAUUGCAUCAAAGAUGUCCUUAUCUCCAGAAGUGGAUCUUGACAGCUUGAUUGUCCGAAAUGAUCCUUUGAGUGGCGCUAUUAUUGCGGCUAUCAUGCAGGAGGCAGGUUUGAGAGCGGUUAGGAAGAACAGAUACAACAUCAUCCAGGUCGACCUUGAAGAUGCAUAUUCCAGCCAAGUAAAGGGGGCCCAAGAGAAAGACAAAUUCGAUUUUUACCGGUAG